AUGCGUUUCUCUCUGCUCGUUGGUACGCUCUGCGCACCAUCUGCUCUUGCCUUCCCGUGGAUGACCCCAGAGGGUAUGGAGGCUCUCCUCAACCACCCCGAGGCUCGCCAGGAGAUCGACCGUCGGCUUACGGGAUUCCGCUCCGGUGAGACGGAAAAGCGUCAACUUGGCACAGGCCUUGUGAGCGGCGUCACAUCUCUUCUGGGCGGCACCCUCGAGGCCGUGGUGGACAACGUCCUUGGUCUCAUCCCCACAAACGCAGCAGUUGAGGGCUUGCAGAAGUUCCCCGAGAAGGACUAUCCUUUCAAGGCACCUGGCGCUACUGAUCAGCGUGGUCCUUGCCCUGGCUUGAACACUCUUGCCAACCAUGGUUAUAUCCCUCGUACUGGUAUUGCUACCAUCGGCCAGAUCAAUGCUGCUACGGCCAAGGUUUUCAACAUGGGAGCCGAUCUAUCCUCCCUGCUCGCUACCGGUGGUGCCCUUGACGGUGGCGAUAUCCUCUCUCAGAAGAUGAGCAUUGGCGGCCCAGAUGACCGUGUUGGUCUCCUCAACGGUGCGCUCAACGGCAUCUUCGGCACUCCAUCUGGAAUUUCUGGCCAUGGUAAAUUCAACGAAGGCGAUGCGUCCGCCACCCGCGAAGACUUCUACCUAAAUGGUGAUAACAUCUCAUUCAAGCCUGAGCUGUUCAAGCAAUUGCACCAGCAAGCUCUUGCGAGGGGCAACGGUACCUAUAGCGUCGACGCCAUUAAAGAACACUUUAAGAACCGUUAUACGGCAUCCAAGGCCGCGAACAGCCAGUUCUACUUCAACCUCCCCAGCGCAGCCGUUGUUAUGGGAGCGUACUACUUUAUUCCCGGCUUCUUCUCCAACGGUACCAUUGGCGCUGGUGGUGUUGCCAACGAGGCAUCCAUCACCUCUUUCUACGGCGCCAAGCCCACCCGCAAGAACGCCUGGUCGGACCCUGAUCUCACCUACACCCACGUUCCCGAGCGCAUUCCUGACAACUGGUACCGUCGCUCCACGCCCAUGACCGUGCUUGAGGCCGUCGGUGGGAUCCUCGACGUCUACCUGUACGCGCUCCCUGCCCUCGGCGGUUCCGGUGCCGACCAAAGCUGGGUCAUCGGACCUCUCGACGUGCCCAACAACCCGCAGGCCCUGUCAUGCUUCCUUUACAACGCCGUUUACGCCAACUUCCCGGCUGAGCUGUUCAACUCCGUCGUCCUCCUCGAGUCCGUGGUCAACGCCGUGUCUGGACUCCUCGUCCCCGGCUACAAGGCAUUGGGCUGCACCGUCAACUUCCCCGACACUAAGGGGUCGUUGGCUACGCAGUAUGAGGCUUGGGCUGAGACCUAUGUCGGUAAGGCCAAGACACAGGCUGUCGGCAGUGGUUGGUACGAUAAAACGGCCUGA